GACUUCCUUCCUAAGACACUGCAGGAGAAACGAAACUAAAAUACCUCACCGAGCCCUCAGUGCACCUCUCUCCUCCAUUACUCUGCUUGCACUGUUUUUUCUCUCCUCUUCCCUCUGCUUUUUUCUUCUCUGUUCCUUGCAGUCCAACCCUCUGUUCUCCCGCCUCUUUGCUGAGCUGUGUGGCUAGAACUCUGAACAAACAAGAAGGCAAACACUCCUAUGUGGGACUGCAGGCGUCUGAGGAAGAAGGGAGGUGAAAUAGCUGAAAAAACCUCCUGAGGGAAUCUUCAGGACUGCACAGCGAAGCACUGUGUGCUGCUCUCAUCAAAGGCAGAUGUAGAUCCACGCCCUUCUUCCCAGCUCGAUUGUAUGGGAAAUAAAUUUUGUUCUAAAAACUGCUCAUGAAAGGGACAAAGAGGCGCAAAGGGCACAGCCACUGAUUUAGCCUUCAUGGAGGCCACAGGCAACAGCCAGCCGGCGGCACCAAACGGCUGCAGAAAUGGAACAGCAGCAGCCACAGCGUCUCAAUUACAUGAUGCUAUCAAAAAAGGUUCAGUAAAGACAGUCCGGCAGCUGUUGGAGGAAGGUGCAGAUGUCAAUUCCAAGGUAGAAGGUGGUUGGACACCUCUGCACAGCGCUGUACAGGCUGAUCAGGAAGAGAUCGUUAACCUUCUGCUGGAGCAAGGUGCUGAUCCACGUGCCAGAAAGGACAAUGGUGCCACGCCCUUUAUUAUAGCAGGCAUAGUGGGGAAUGUGAGCCUUUUGGAGCUCUUCCUUUCUAAGGGGUCAGAAAUAAAUGAGAAGGAUAACAACGGCUUCACGGCCUUUAUGGAGGCUGCUUGGUAUGGGAAGGAGAAGGCCUUGAAAUUCUUGUAUGAGAAUUUCUCGGAUGAGAAAGAGAUGGAUGUGAAUUUGGGCAGGAUGGUCAGUACACAACAAAGACAAGUGUACAAAGGAGGAGAAACAGCCCUGAUGGAUGCUGCCAGGAAUGGCCACCUCUCAGCUGUGAAAACCCUCGUGAAAGAGAUGAGAGCCAGCGUGCAUGCCUGUGAUAACUUUGGCAGGAACGCUUUGAUCCAUGCAUUACGGCUGCCUCUGAAGAAGAACACCAUACGUAGACAAAACAAGAAUAUAGAACAAAUAGUCUCCUUUCUGCUGGACUGUGGCGCUGAUGUUACUGGAAGAGAUGAAAGUGGGAAGACUUCGCUCAUCCUGGCAGCAGAGAGGCAAAGUCAGGAUUUGGUGGAAUUGUUACUGAAGACAGGCAAAGUUGACAUUAACGCCAUGGGCAAUGAUGGCAAAACAGCACUGAAGAUAGCUGUGGAGUACGACCAUGAGGAAAUAGCCAAGCUGUUAUGUGAGAACGGAGCCAGGGCUGAUUGUAGUGACAUUUCUGCGGCCAAAGAGAACUACAACAAUGAAAUGGUGGCGCUGCUGCUCAAAUACGGUGCUACGGCUACUAAUAAUCAGCCUCCUAAAGAUUGGGAGCCCACCAGCAAACGCUGGGGAGAGCAACUAUGGCGUCUUCACAGUAUAAAUUCCCCUCAGAUCGGAAAACUCAGCAUCAUAUUUGAUGAGUAUUACUGCAUUGAGAGCACCUCUGAAGGCGGCAUCUACCUGGGAUUCCAUGCAGGGAAAGAGGUGGCUGUGAAGAGAUUCCUUCUUGGCAGUGAUAAGGCUAAACGAGAAUCCAUGUGUCUCAGUCACUGCCAUAGCAACAGGCAUAUGGUAAAACUUUUUGGGACUGAGACUCAUGGCAACUGCCAGCUCUUCUGCCUCUCUCUCUGUGAGAGCAACCUUGAGGAUCAUCUGAGCAAAUCUGCACAGGCAGUCAAUAAUCAUAACAUCCUCAAGACACUCUUGGAAGCAGUGAGAGAUCUGCACUCUUUGGAAUUAGGCCAUGGGGACCUGCACCCACGUAACAUUUUGAUAGAUGCGGAUGAUAAAGUUCUUGCAGAUUUUGAUAAGAGUUGCAGUUUUGCUGAAGGUCAAAGGGAACUUAUAAUCAAAGAAGACUUGGAGGCACUCGGGAGGUUGGUCCUAUAUGUUGUAACAAGGGGUGAGGUCCCUUUUGAUGGACCUGAUGGAGAGGAUGUGUCUGCAAGAUGUCCAACAGAUUUGCAGGGUCACUUGGAGAUUGAAGAUCUCAUAAGAAGUUUGGUCUCCCCCCAUGGAGGAAACUCAGUUCAGUUAGGAGACUUGAUCCACCAUCCCUUUUUCUGGACCUGUGAGAGCAGGUUUGAGUUUCUUGUGGAUGUUGGGAAUAAUCCAGACAUCGAACAAUACAAUGCUGGGAGCCAGAUUGUGAAAGCUUUGAAUUGCAAUAAGGCAACAACUGAGAAGCACUUCCACCUGUGGACUAGGAAGAUUGAUCAAGAUGUUCUGAAAAAUAUGAAAGAGAGACGCUCCUAUAAAGAUACUGUCACUGACCUGUUGAGGUUAAUCAGAAAUGUGGGGGCGCACUAUGGUGCAAAACCACAAUGGUUCAAGGAAAUAAUCCAGAACCCAUCACAGUAUUUUGUUGACCGGUUUCCAGAUCUGACAUUUUAUGUCUAUGAGCAUUUGUGCCGUGUGGACAGAGCUUUCCUAAAGAAGGUACUUCACCACAUCCUCAAAGGCUACAAUCCCAGCUGAGACAUCGCUUUGAGCACCAGAAGCUGCCCAAUCCUCUGCUGAUGACAAAAUAAGGCACAAGCGGAGCAACAGUGACACUAUGUGGCCAGAUGGAAGAAAAAUUCAAGUCUCUUCCUUGGGAAUUUCCCAGAAAGAGAGGCACCCAAGGGGAGUGGGGUUGGGAAGUGAGAUAAAUUUAAAAUAUGUAUAUGCUGUGAUACAUUACUCUGCUCAUCUGCUUCUUUGCAGUGAAUGUAAUCCCAGAAAUAAACUAAAGUUUAUA